ACGCAGUUUCCAUGAAAAAUUAAACAUUCUGUCAUUUUGGCGGGUGAUAAAUCAUCGCAAUGCUCAAAAAGAGUUAAUUAUAUUUAAAAACUACGACGGCACUGGAAAAUAAACAAAUUAGAGAUUAGCGUUAGCUCUUGUAGCAUAGUGCGCUAACAAACAUUCAGAAAACAUGGCGGUGUCCUUGAGCAACGCUGGUGUGGUGAGGCUACUGAGUGUCUUACCCAGGGCCGGGUCAUUGUGCAGCUCCUCUGGAAGCAGAGGUCUCCACGUGACUGCAGUGUGCUGCAAGAAUCGAGCAGCUCGUAUCCGAGUGGGGAAAGGAGACCGACCUUUGACCUAUGAGCAAGCACUUCACCCUCAUCACAUUGGCCACCGCAAAGGAUGGCUUUCACAGCAUACCAGUAACCUGAAAGGAGAGGAGGGGGCGGCUGAGCGGACCGUAGAGGACGUGUUCAUCAGGAGAUUCAUGUUCGGGACCUUCCACAAUUGCUUGGCCAAUGAGAUUGUGAUCAAAAGGCGCGGCAACAUGCUCAUCGUGUGCGCUCUGAUGAUACAGAAACUCCCUCCUGUUAAGUUUUACUUCUUAAUAGGUUACACAGAGUCGAUACUGUCGCACCUCUACAAAUGUCCCGUCAAGUUAGAGAUCCAGACGCUGUACGAGAAAGUUGUGUACAAGUACCUCUGAUGGAACUGUGGUAAUACUGUACUGUGUGUUUCCUCUGUGUACACAGUUCACCUGCAGCUGGAGUUCAUAAUAGAAAAUUAUGACUUUGUUCCCAUCUUCAUUCCUGCUCACUGAGUGAUGCCACUUUGUUUUCAUUUGACCCAGAAUUAACUUUUCUCAGAAUUAAAGAAAAUCAAAUCAUUCAUGAAAUUGUUUAAUAAACUAUGUGAAUAUA